AUGUCGAGCAGUAGCUUUAAUGCAGAGUUGACUCUUGGCCCAGCUCUGGUUGGGACAACACUAGCGUCGUGCCUCUUCGGUUGCUCCGUCAUACAGACAUUCGGAUACUAUAGGCGAUUCCCGUCGGACUCGACGAUCAUUAAGACUUUGGUAGGUACCAUCAUGUUGCUGACUCUCGCGCACAUCGUUUGUGUCAUCUACUGGACAUGGAUAGUGACCGUCACUGCAUUUGGAAAACCUAACGAAGUCACGAUAUUCACCCCUUCGAGAGGAGCCAAUCUGGUUAUCACACCUUUCAUAUGCUAUCUUGUGCAGUUUUCUUUGCAACGGACCACCUUUAUAUGGUCAGCGCUCUACAUCGUUCUCGCAGAUGUCUACACUAAUACCUUCCUUGCCGCCCGUACUCCUCACGUUGAACACGACAUCACGCAAGGUGCAGUGCUCUCUACCUUCAUUGGACAAGCAGCCAUGUCAAACGUUCCAUGCGACGCUGCAUCCAGUAUUCCUUCCACACCAUCCCUGAUUCAACACAAACCUUGUGACCUCUCACCCGCCUAG